AUGGCGCACGGCGACCGGGCGCGGCGCGCGACUCGACGGCUCGCGUCCCUCGCGUCGCACGUCGGCCCGCGCGGCACAGCCAUCGAGCGCGCGUCGACGUCGGCGCCGACCAUCGAUCGCCCCGAGGCGUGGGUCGCCGCGAGUGCUUCGGGCGAGUGCUUCGGGCCCGGCGCGUGGCUCGCCGUGGACCAGGCGCGCGUCGACGCGUUCGCGCGCUGCACCGAGGAUCACCAGUGGAUACACAGGGCGGGCGCGGUGACGCAGUUCGGCGGGCCCAUCGCGCACGGCCUGCUCACGGCGUCGCUCCUCCCGGCGCUGAUGGAUGGGGUGCUGCCGCGAAUGGGAUGGGUCGCGCAGGAGAUCAACGUGGGUUUCAACCGGCUCAGGUUCGUGUCGCCGGUGAAGGUGGGCGCGAGGGUGAGGGCCAGCGCGAAGUUGGUCAGCGUGCGACGCCUGGGGAAAGGCGCGGGUGGAAAGGGACCGGACGGCACGGAGACGGUUGUGUCCGUCACGGUGUCAACCGACGACGAAGACUCGAAUGCGAAGCCGGCUAUGACCUGCGAGUGGGUGACGCGCCAGUACGCGAGGUGA